AUGGCGAGAAUUUAUUAUUCUUUUCUGUUGCCGAAGGGGUACAUUCAAGUUAUCUCUCAGGCCCAGGGCAAAUUCCUAAUUUCACAGUUGAGUACCCUUCCAGCUAGUGCAAAGAUUCAUAUUCGUUUUGAAGUCUACAAAACCAUAAAGGUCCCCCGAGAACUUUCACUUGUCUGUAUUGAUUCUGGAAAGCACAAUGUGUUCUAUGACUGUGCAACCAACGCCGUUACUAUGGUCGACUUUGAGCUGAUGCAGCCUGUCGAACCAGAACUUCUUCCUUGCUGUAGGGGAAGCGGCAUAUGGAAGGACCCGGAACAUCUUCUGUUAAUGGUUGAUAGUGAUUGGAGUAGCUAUUUCCCGAGACGUAAAUGCCGCGCCUCCGCAAAUGGUUAUUCGUUAUCUUUUCCUGCCUUGCCGCCAGACCCGAGCUAUAGACAAAUGUACAAAAGAACCUGUAUAUGGACUUUGAGAGCAGCUAGAAGGACCGAGAAGAACAUAGAAUAG